GACGGGACUCUGUCACGAUGCCUGUGACCUGGGCUUGGAAGACCCACACCUGCUGCUGGGCGUGACAAUGGACGCUGCGCUGGAGAUGUACUCCGUCGUCAUGAGUGGCUACAACCGGGCGCAAUGGUUCGAGUCAAAGGGCAGAGAGGAUUUCAUUACUAAGCAUUACGGUGAAGCUCAUAUAGGCUAUGACGUCGCAGAGGCUUGCAGGAAAUGGCUGGGCGAGCACGAUUACGAGCAUCUCAGUGUUGCCGAAGCGUGGAUGUCCAAGAAGCGCGGUGGGGUCGCCAAAGCGUCUGUAUUUCUGUCGCACACCCAGGUGCAGGGGUUUCUCGAGUUCGUUGCCUUCAAGGAUCGCGUUCCAGUCCUGUUAUCACGCCAGUGCGCGCCCGAUUCUGCACAGCAUUUUUGGAUCGACUAUUUCGUGAUCAGGCAGUGCACGAAGGACUUCAAGCCGCCACUCAUCUACUGUCAUCCAGCACAUCAACUGCACGGUGGCGGUGGAAGAUGGGUGUAUGGCAAAGGGCCCGACUUACCUCGACAGGUCUUUUUGCGUCUUCGAGAUUGCAUGCACCCCAGCUGA